AUGGCGUCACCGCGUGCAGCCUUUCCUCCCGGCUAUGCAGACGAGAAUAUCAGCAGUCGAGUUCUCAUUGCGGCGUGUCUCUUCAUCGUCUUGGAGAUUGGAGUCGUCACUUUACGCUGCUGGGCACGCUUCAAAUAUGGCGCAAAGUGGGGUUUUGAUGACUACCUGAUGGCGCCGGCAUUGCUGUUCUGUCUUGGUAUCUGUGCAAUAGGUAUUGUCGAAAUCAAGAUCGCAGGCGUUGGACGACACUUGGAUGUCCUCCUCGCCACCGACCCCGAAGCCGUUGUCAACUGGGCCAAGUGCGGCUACGCCAUCGAGGAGUUAUACUGCCUGGCCGUGGCUUUCCCCAAACUUUCUAUCCUGGCUACAUAUCUACGCAUCUUUACUGAGCGAUCCUAUCGCAUCAUCAGCUACCUCGUGGGCGCCGUCAUCGUCUGUGCUGCCGUCGCGGGCGUCAUCACGUCGCUUGCUUCAUGCCGGCCCUUCUCGGCUCGCUGGAAUCUACAGUUGUACUCUACCAACUGCAUCGAUGCCCCGCGCUAUUGGCAGGGCAUGAGCGUUCCCAACAUCCUGACUGAUCUCAUCAUGCUCGUACUCCCGAUGCCGGUCGUGUGGAAACUGCAAAUGGCAAGAAAACAAAAGCUAGCACUGACGGUGAUACUUUUGUUAGGAAGCAUUGGUAUAGUAGCUAGUAUCAUCCGUCUCACCGUUACGUUUCGCACCACCACGCUGAGUGACGGUACCUGGGUGUCCGCCGAUAUUGCGACGUGGUCACUGAUUGAGCCAGGCUGCUAUUUGGUUGCAUCCUGUCUU